AAAACAGGGAAGGUGGUCCAAUUACUGAGUGAAUCGAUGUGAUGAAAAUUCCAGGCUUGACUUACAGGACUCUACCCUCAAAAUAUUCAAAGUCUUAUUUUUAUUUUUUUCGUUUGUCUUCCUGCUUAGAUCUCGUCGCCCUUUAAUCAACAAUGCCUACCCUUAGCGAUAUCUGAGGAGAACAAGACCACCCCACUAACCAAACAUGCCUUUCUCCUCUUACAUUGGUCGCCGUGGAGGUGGAGGUGGAGGAGCCGGCACCACCUGGGCUCAAUCACUCCUCCCCUCCUCCUCCUCCUCCUCCUCCCCCAAACCAAAGGUUCCUCAAAGAAGGUCUCGCAGGCGGACGGCUCUUAUCAAUUUCUUAUUUACUAACUUCUUCACUAUAGCUCUCUCGAUCUCUCUCAUCUUCCUUCUCAUCACCAUCUUCCACUUUGGCAUCCCUAAGCCUUUUUCAUCUCCCUUCAAAUCCAGACCCAAACCCACUUUUCGCCUUUUCAAGCCUCGCAAGACGAUACAUCGAAAUCCCCAAAAAGACAACGACAACAAAGAUGCCAUUUCUGGGGCUGUAGUGGAUAUAACUACAAAGGGUUUGUAUGAUAAGAUCGAAUUCUUGGAUGUGGAUGGCGGGCCAUGGAAGCAAGGGUGGAGAGUGAACUAUAAAGGCAAUGAAUGGGAUACUGAGAAGUUGAAGGUGUUUGUGGUGCCUCAUUCGCAUAAUGAUCCUGGGUGGAAAUUGACUGUUGAUGAGUAUUAUGCGAGGCAAUCCAGGCACAUCCUCGAUACAAUUGUGGCAACCCUUUCUAAGGAUGUUCGGCGGAAGUUCAUAUGGGAGGAAAUGUCUUAUCUGGAGAGAUGGUGGAGAGAUGCAACGGAUGAAAAAAGAGAAUCGUUUGCCAGUUUAGUGAAGAAUGGCCAGUUAGAAAUUGUUGGAGGUGGUUGGGUUAUGAAUGAUGAGGCCAAUUCACAUUACUUUGCCAUAAUUGAACAGAUUGCAGAGGGGAAUAUGUGGUUGAACGACAACAUUGGUGUUGUUCCUAAAAAUUCUUGGGCAAUAGAUCCAUUUGGCUACUCAGCUACCAUGGCAUAUCUUCUCCGCCGUAUGGGUUUCGAGAACAUGCUUAUUCAGAGGACUCAUUAUGAGGUAAAGAAGGAACUUGCUCUGAAAAAGAAUUUAGAGUACACAUGGCGCCAAAGUUGGGAUGCUGAGGAAACGACUGAUAUUUUUGUGCACAUGAUGCCCUUCUAUUCAUAUGAUAUCCCUCAUACUUGUGGGCCAGAGCCUGCUAUAUGUUGUCAGUUUGAUUUUGCUCGAGUACACGGCUUUUUUUAUGAGAUGUGCCCAUGGGGAGAGCAUCCAGUGGAGACCAGCCCAGAAAAUGUACAUGAAAGGGCUCAAGUAUUACUAGAUCAAUACAGGAAGAAAUCAACACUAUACCGGACUAAUACUCUCCUUAUUCCUCUGGGAGAUGAUUUUCGUUAUGUCAGUGUUGCUGAAGCAGAGGCUCAGUUUAGGAAUUACCAGAAGUUGUUUGAUUAUAUCAACUCUAAUCCUAGUCUAAAUGCAGAGGCCAAAUUCGGUACUCUGGAAGAUUACUUCCAAACUCUUCGUGAGGAGGCUGAUAGAAUAAAUUAUUCUCUUCCUGGCGAGGUUGGCUCCGCUCAGAUUGUAGGUUUUCCAUCCCUGUCUGGUGACUUCUUUACUUAUGCUGAUAGGCAACGAGACUACUGGAGUGGCUAUUAUGUUUCAAGGCCUUUCUUCAAGGCUGUUGAUCGGGUACUAGAGCAAACUCUUCGUGCUACUGAAAUGAUGAUGGCUUUGUUACUUGGUUAUUGUCAGCGAGUACAAUGUGAAAAGUUGGCCACAGGAUUUGGCUAUAAGUUGACUGCUGCCAGGAGGAAUUUAGCACUUUUUCAACACCAUGACGGGGUUACUGGUACUGCCAAGGAUCAUGUUGUUCGUGAUUAUGGAAUUCGGAUGCAUACUUCGUUGCAAGACUUGCAGUUUUUCAUGUCUAAAGCUAUUGAAGUUCUUCUUGGUAUCCGCCAUGAAAAAUCUGAUCAUAACCCAUCCCAGUUUGAGGCAGGACAAGUGAGAUCCAAGUAUGAUGUUCAGCCUGUGCAUAAGGCAAUUAGUGCACAUGAAGGGACAUGGCAAUCGGUUAUUCUUUUCAAUUCUUUGGAGCAAACUAGAGAAGAGGUGGUGAUGGUUGUAGUUAACAGGCCAGAUGUUACUGUUUUGGACUCAAACUGGACUUGUGUUCAAAGUCAAGUUUCUCCUGAACUGCAGCAUGACAGGAGCAAGAUUUUUACUGGGAGGCAUCGCGUCCACUGGAAAGCUUCUGUUCCUGCCUUGGGGUUGCAAACAUAUUAUAUUGCCAAUGGUCUUGCUGGAUGUGAAAAAGCCAUACCAGCAAAAUUAAAGUACUCAGUGUCAAAUUCUUUUUCUUGCCCCAGUCCAUAUGUUUGCUCUAAAGUAGAAGGCGACUUUGCUGAAAUCCACAAUCAACAUCAAACUCUCACCUUUGAUGUCCAGCAUGGUUUGUUGCACAGGAUUAGCCAAAAAAAUGGUUCAAAGAUUGUUGUGGAUGAGGAAAUAGGUAUGUACACUAGUCCAGAAAGUGGGGCCUACCUGUUUAAACCUGACGGUGAUGCUCAGCCUAUCGUUGAGGCAGGUGGGAACAUGGUGAUCUCCGAAGGCCUACUAAUGCAGGAAGUGUUUGUUUAUCCUAAAACAGCAUGGGAGCGGACACCCAUCUCCCAUGGUACUAGAAUUUACAGUGGAGAUGGGACUAUUCAAGAGUUUAUCGUUGAGAAAGAAUAUCAUGUUGAGCUUCUAGGCAAGGAAUUUAAUGACAGGGAAUUGAUAGUUAGAUACAAGACUGAUCUUGAUAAUAAAAGGAUCUUCUAUUCUGAUUUAAAUGGCUUUCAGAUGAGUAGGAGAGAAACUUAUAGUAAGAUCCCGUUGCAGGGGAAUUACUAUCCUAUGCCCUCUCUAGCUUUCUUGCAAGGAUCCAAUGGCCAGAGAUUUUCUGUCCAUUCUAGACAGUCGUUGGGUGUGGCUAGCCUUAAAGAUGGAUGGUUGGAGAUUAUGCUUGACCGCCGUUUGGUAAAGGAUGAUGGACGUGGUCUUGGACAAGGAGUGAUGGAUAACCGUCCGAUGAAUGUGAUCUUCCACAUUCUUGUUGAGUCCAACAUUUCCUCCACUUCAGAUCCUGUUUCCAAUCCUCUUCCCCUGAGUCCUUCGCUUCUCUCGCAUUGUGUUGGAGCUCAUUUGAACUAUCCUCUACAUGCAUUUAUCGCAAAGGACCCUCAAGAAUUAUCUGUGCAGCCACCCCCAAGAUACUUUUCUCCUUUAGCUGCUCAAUUACCAUGCGACUUGCACAUAGUUAAUUUUAAAGUUCCCAGGCCAGCAAAAUAUUCACAGCUGCUGACAGAUGAAUCUAGGUUUGUUUUAAUCUUACAGAGGCGACAUUGGGAUACUUCGUUUUGUCGGAAGGCUAGAUCGCAGUGCACUACUCUUGCAGAUGAGCCUUUAAAUCUUUUCAAAAUGUUCAAGGGGCUUGAAGUGUUGAAUGCAAGAGCAACUUCUUUAAACCUUCUGCACGAUGAUGUGGAAAUGCUAGGUUAUGCUGAGCAGGUUGGAGAUGUAUCCCAGGACGGACAUGUAGUAAUCUCUCCUAUGGAAAUACAAGCAUACAAGCUGGAGUUGCGGCUGCGCCAGUAAACCGAAAAUGUCAACUUGCUUAUUCAACCUGAGGAUGAUGAUAGUGUGGGGUUAAUUGCAAGCAGUGAUUUUCAGAUGGCCCACUGUCAUUUGUCAAUAUAACUCAAAGCUUAGAAUUCAGGAGUAAUUAUCUGUCUAACGCCAAACUCAUGCAAUAUCUGACCACUUCAAAGACACGGUGGGGGUGGGGGCUGACAUUGAAUGUUGAAGGGCAAGACUGUUGUCUGUCGGUGGAAGACCACCAGCAUCUUGAAUUGGGGUUUGGCAGGGGGGAAGUAAAGGAAGCUAUUAGUUGAGCUUUGAAAAUUUCUUGUUUUAUUUGUCCGAGUCUUUUUUCUUAAUUUCUUUUCUAUAUAUAUAGUUUGAGCUGAAUAUAAACAGUUUGAUUUAGCUCGUUUCAAUUAAAUUAAAAGUCUUAAAUAGUUUACAAAUAACUUAACUCAUUUAUAAAUUUUAA